AUGGUUGUGAGCGCUUCUGAGGCCAGACUUCCCCUUCAGAUCGAAGACGCGUCGAGACCUGACAGCGAGAGCGCACACAACGAGUCGGCCAAUGAUUGUGAAGGCCUUAACAUUGGCGUCAAUCAGGACACGAGACUCAACAACCGGGUGCUCGACCUCCGGACGCCCACCAGUCAAGCCAUUUUCCGCAUUGAGGCCGCAGUCGGCAAACUGUUCCGCGACUCUCUGGAGAGUCGGGGCUUCGUUGAGAUCCAUACGCCCAAAAUCAUACCGGCCGCCAGUGAGGGCGGCGCUAAUGUGUUUGAAGUGACGUAUUUCAAGGGAAAGGCAUAUUUGGCUCAAUCGCCGCAACUGUACAAACAGAUGGCAAUCGCCGCUGACUUCAACCGCGUCUAUACAGUGGGCGCUGUGUUCAGGGCUGAGGACUCUAACACUCACAGACAUCUCUGCGAAUUCGUUGGCCUCGACUUCGAGAUGGCCUUCGAGUAUCACUACCACGAAGUACUCGAUGUCAUCGGAUCCCUAUUCGUCGACAUUUUCAAAGGUCUUCAGUCGAGAUAUGCC